AUGGCCACCGCUUUCCUCCCCAGACUGGCGUCGCCUCUCUCUUUCUCUAUCUCCCGAUGGGCGACUUUCUACACCACACAAUAUACCCUCAAGUUCCUUCCAGCGCUAUCAAUCGCCGUCCCCGGCGUCACCAUCAACAUCCCCGGACUACUGGGCGAUAUUUGGGAAUCAGUCUUGCGGGCAGUCCCCAAGAACAAGGUUUCACACUCUAAGAAGAGAUCAAGGCAGAUGGCUGGAAAAGCUCUAAAGGACGUCAAUCAUCUGUGCAAAUGUCCCGGCUGCGGAGAGGUCAAGAGGACGCACAGGCUAUGCCAAAACUGCUUAGAAGACAUGAAGAGAAUAUGGCGUCAAGAUUAUCCUGUAAACAGAGGGUUCUAA